CUAGAAUGUAGAAUCAUGGCUUUAUAAAGGAUGCAUGUGUUCUUUGUAACUUUGGAUUCAGGCAUCUGCUGUGCGGUAUUUGCUAAAGACACCGAGGGUAGACAGACCUGGCUGAUCCUGGUUAAGAUAUGGAUAUUAAUGAUGACCCUAAUGAAGACCAUCUUGCAAGUUAUGACAUUCAGCUUUGUAUUCAGGAAUCCAUUGAAGCAAGCCAGGCUGUAUUCCAUCUGGAAAGACUGGUACCACUAAGUGAUCAAAACAGAAAGCUUGUAGAGGCCAUAAGGAAAGGUCACAUUUUUGAGCUCCAGGAGUAUGUGCAACAUAAAUAUGCUCUGGAUGAAGCUGAUGAGAAAGGAUGGUUCCCAUUGCAUGAAGCUGUUGUUCAACCCAUUCAACAGAUACUUGAGACUGUUCUGGAUGCUUCCUAUAAGGCAGUCUGGGAAUUCAAGACCUAUGAUGGAGAAACACCCUUGACUCUGGCAGUCAAAGCUGGUCUGGUGGAAAAUGUCAAGACGUUGCUAGAAAAAGGGGUCUGGCCCAACACCAAAAAUGACAAAGGAGAGACGCCUCUUCUGAUUGCUAUAAAAAAAGGCUCCUAUGACAUGGUAUCUUCACUGAUAAAAUACAACACCAGCCUUGACCAACCCUGCGUCAAGCGAUGGUCAGCAAUGCAUGAAGCAGCUAAGCAAGGCCGAAAAGAUAUUAUAGCCCUACUGCUGAGCCACGGAGGCAAUGUCCACCUGAGAGAUGGAUUCGGAGUCACACCUUUAGGAGUUGCUGCUGAGUAUGGCCACUAUGAUGUGUUGGAACAUCUGAUCCACAAAGGUGGUGAUGUGUUUGCUUUGGCGGAUGAUGGGGCAUCUGUGUUAUUCGAGGCAGCAGGAAGUGGAAACCCUGACUGCAUUUCCCUCUUGCUGGAAUAUGGAGGAAGCGGCAACGUGCCUAACAGAGCAGGACAUCUUCCAAUACACCGAGCUGCCUAUGAGGGACAUUAUCUUGCUCUGAAAUAUCUCAUCCCAGUAACAUCCAAACAUGCAAUCCGGAAGAGUGGCCUAACUCCAAUUCACUCAGCAGCAGAUGGACAAAAUGCUCAGUGCCUCGAACUGCUCAUUGAUAAUGGUUUUGACGUCAACGCCCUGCUUGCUGACCACAUUUCCCAGAGCUACGACGAUGAGAGAAAGACCGCGCUUUAUUUUGCUGUCUCUAAUAAUGAUAUCCACUGCACAGAAGUCCUUCUGGCUGCAGGUGCAGACCCCAACUUAGAUCCCCUCAACUGUCUGCUUGUGGCGGUGAGGGCCAACAGACAUGAAAUAGUCCGGCUGCUUCUCUCCUACGGAGCUAACGUCAACUGUUAUUUGUACGUGAAUGACACUCGUUUCCCCAGCGCCAUCCAGUACGCCCUAAAUGAUGAGGUUAUGCUGAGGCUCUUGCUGAAUAAUGGUUACCAAGUGGAGCUGUGCUUUGACUGCAUGCACGGAGACAUCUUUGGAAAUUCAUUUGUGUGGUCAGAGAUAGAGGAGGAGGGACUGCCAGGAUGGACAUCUUGUAUAAUAAAAGAUAUCCCGUUCUGUGAGUUCAUUACAGUUCCAUGGAUGAAGCACCUGGUGGGCAGCACUGUCCGUAUCCUUACAGAUUACAUGGAUUAUGUCCCUCUGUGUUCUAAACUGAAGUCUGUGCUGGAACUACAGAGAGAAUGGCCAGAAAUCCGCCAAAUAAUAGAGAAUCCUUGCUCACUAAGGCAUCUGUGCCGGUUAAAAAUUCGCAGACUUAUGGGACUCCAGCGACUCUGCCAGCCAGCCUCCAUGGAGAAACUUCCUCUCCCAGCAGCGAUUCGAAGAUACUUAUUAUUUAAAGAAUAUGAUCUCUAUGGACAACAGCUAAAGUUAAUAUAACUUUUAAAUGAUAUUUUAAAAUGUGAUUCUUAAAGUAUUUUAAAAUGUGAUUCCCCUAGAGAAGUCAUUGGAAUCAUUUUAUAUUCUUAAGUGUAUUUAAAUCCACAGAGAAUUUUGUAGUUGUACCACGUCCCUAUGGAAAGAGCAUGUACACUCCUAAAGUUAUUUAGGUUUCUAAGACAAGCAAUAGCCUGUAUUUGAAUUUCUAUUGAUUGUCUUCAGUUGUUACAAGUCUUCAAAUUCUCCCUAUCAACUGAAUGCCAAUGAUUGAGAAACUAGGCUUAAACAGCAAAUAACUACUUUUUCAAACCCCCACACAUACCUGCCCUCUGCUAACCUGUUCUAUUGUCAGACACUGUUCUAGAAAAGCCGUGUGAACCUGCAGAUUCACCCUGUAACCUGGCUUCCCCUGUGCCUUCUAUUCCUCAGCUCGCAGUCCCUCUCAACUUCCUUAAUUUGGUAACAACUUCCACUCCCUCUUCCUGUUGACUCCAUUUCCUGUUCCUUCCUUGGUUUUCGUCAUAGGUCUCUCUCUCCGUGUUCCCUCUCAGCCCCGCUCCCUGGCCUCUGUGUCUCUGCUUCCCUAUGCUGUUCCUCUUCCUCCAGCCCUUGAGAGACAUGUCCUCUGUCCUUUUCUGUCAUGCUGUGUUCUCUGGGAAACUCCAUUCGCUUUCCCAGCUGUGAUCGUAUUGCUGGGGACCAUACCCUUUACAGAUGAAGGUCAACUUUUUGUCUCCUGUGCUUCAGACCUGACAGACACUGAUGUAAUGGACAUGUAUACAUGAAGAUAGCUUCGGUUCAGCGCGUCCUCAAAUCCUGCCUUCACCAUACACUUUUCUCUUAACGUUCUGCAGUUCAGUAGAGGCAUAAUCAAUUCAGUUUCCAGAUAAAAAAGACUAGGCAUCAGUCUUGACCCACCCCUCCCUCUUCUCACCCCGCAUGCCAACUCACCAAAUGCCACCGUUUCCUACUCUGUCCCUCAAAUUCCACUCUACACUUGACUGUACUCUUCCUUUUCCUGAGACAACACAGUGCUGCUUAUCUGGCCUGCCUCUGUCUGCCAGAGUCUACACACAGCAUUCCAGAAUGAUCUUCCAGAGACUUAAACACAGCUCUUUCCCUUGCAAAAAAUCACUCCCAUGAUUGUGGGCUAAAAACCCUGAGUUCUCCCAAGGCCUCCAUGCUUUAACUUGCUCCAACCUCUUUAGCCUGUCUGCACCUCCCCACCAAGCUUAGCAGUACCACUGUUAGAGUCUUCUAUGGCAACUCCCAGGCUCUAUGAUUUUAUAAGACCAGGGUUCGUUUUAUUAAUAAAAAAUGAGGUCCUCUUUUUUUUUUAAUAGGAUGCCAUCUAUUAUCACCAUUUCAUUUUUAAAAGGGGUUAUUCUUUAGAAUGCUAGAAAACAAGAUGGUGGUCAGCUCAGUUGUUACAAUGGAUUGACAUUAGCUUUGGACAGACUGACCAUACUGUUCUCAUCUCCUCACUGACAAGCAAAACUUCACUGUGGGCCGCAAGUCUCUGGAUCCCUUGGACGGGAGCCACUGUAACCCUUUAUGUUUCUGUCACCCUCUACCUGAAGCUCUCUUUUUCAUCCUUUGCCCCUCUACCACUGGGCAACUGACCCCUACACUGCAGAUCUUGGCUCAGUUGUUGCUUCCUCUGGAAUGGAGGCCACUGCCCAGCACUGCUCCUGGGGUUUUGUGGUUGUCUAUGUCACCCUAGACUGGAAGCUCCCUGAGGGCAGGAUCAUGUCUGCUUUGUUCCCUAGUGUGUGCUCAGAGCCAUACACAUUCCCUAGAAUGUGAACACUGUACAAGAACUAGACAUAAAUAAUCAGUGACUUCAUGGUGAAAUGAUACGUUUUAAUUUCUGACUUGGAUAUGUAAGCUUAGUAAUGUAAUUAUUUAAAUUGAUUGUUCUUACAUUUUAAUAGUGUGUUUUUUCACAUUUAUUUUAUCCUAAGAGUGAAUAUUCUCUUGGUAGUAAUAUCCCACUAGUUUGUAAUUUUUCCAAAUUGUAUUUACUUUCAGUUAUCUUUGAAAGAUAAAUCACUCUGGAAAGAAACCUGUAUAAUUAGUGUAGUGGUUUUAAUGUAUUGUAUUUCCUUGAGUAUUUUUAAUAUAAAUUACACCAUAAUGUACUUACUUAGGACUGUGAUGUUCCAUGUACAAGAUUUCAUAAUUCUUGUUUUCUUUCUUCCUUGUGCUUAAAAUUUAUUCUUUUUAUAAAUAUUGCUCUAAAUAAACGGAAAAAAAGAACUGAA